GCGAUUCCUGCGGCGCACGCACGCACGCUGCGUCCUGUGGCGUAGUAUGAAGGAAUUCCUAUUGUCAUAAAAACACAUGAAGUUUUUCCUGCUCCUGAGUGUAGUGCUCGUCACAGUUCAUGCGAAGAUGCAGAAUGUUACGGUAAAGGGCACCACUAUUUGUAACAAAAGACGAAUGGCAGACGUGCUAGUGGAAUUAUGGGAGAGAGACACUUUUGACCCCAACGAUCUUCUUGACUCAAAGAGGACGAAUAAGGAAGGCAAUUUUAUAGUGAAAGGAGGCGAGGACGAAUUUGGCUCUAUUAGGCCAUUUCUUAGAUUCACGCACACUUGCAAUGUGAAGCCGGGUUGCAAAAGGGUCACUGAGAUUGACAUUCCAGAAUCGAAAAUUGGCCUGAUGUAUGACAUGACAUAUGUGACGCUGGACAUUAUCUACCCUACAGACAAGGAAGAAUGCUAACGCGUACUUUUAGCAAUAUAUUUUGUUCAAGCAAAAUAUUUUGUACGAUUUGAAUGUUUAAACCCUUGUCAGAUAACACACAUAACCAUCAAUACGUUUCUUCCUAAAAAAA